AUCAUCCUCUUCCUCCUCCAUUCACAUCCCUAAAUUUCACUCCACCGCGCACCGCCCUCACACGCAAUCAUUUCUUAAUCCAAAUUCCACAAAUCCAAAUGCACACAUACCCGUGAAAAAGCAAACCCUACCCUACUUUUUCCAAGAAUUCGAACCCACCCCCUCACAAGCACAACCGCCUUUCCAAUCCCAUUCUCACAUGUGGACACCUACGUGAACCUUGCUUCCAUCACCGCUCUCCCCCUUUCCCUCCCACUUCCUAUAUAUUUUUCCACAUCCUUGAUCCUUGCACACCUUCAGAUCCAUCCAAUUCAAGCCCUAAGCUUCUCCCAUGGCCUCCGUCUCCAUCCUCGUCACCGGCGCCGCUGGAUACAUCGGCAGCCACACCGUCCUUCAGCUUCUUCUCUCUGGCUUCCGUGUUGUCGCUGUUGAUAAUCUUGAUAACUCCUCCCAGGUCGCCAUCGACCGCGUUGCUGAGCUCGCUGGAGACCUCGGCAAGAAUCUCACGUUUUUUAAGAUUGAUAUCCGAAAUAAAGCUGAUUUGGGGAAGAUAUUUGCUUCAGACAAUUUUGAUGCUGUUAUCCAUUUUGCUGGCUUAAAAGCAGUUGGAGAAAGUGUGCAGAAACCACUGCUCUAUUAUAACAAUAACCUUAUUGGUACAAUUACUCUCUUGGAAGUGAUGUCUGCGCAUGGAUGCAAAAAGCUUGUGUUCUCAUCGUCAGCAACAGUUUAUGGAUGGCCAAAGGAGGUACCUUGUACAGAAGAAUUCCCACUUUGUGCUGUAAAUCCAUACGGACGAACCAAGCUGUUUAUUGAAGAGAUAUGUCGUGAUAUCCAACGGUCAGACACUGAUUGGAACAUUAUAUUACUUAGAUACUUUAAUCCUGUUGGAGCUCAUCCCAGUGGAUAUAUUGGUGAAGAUCCUCAUGGAAUUCCCAACAACCUCAUGCCUUUUGUACAGCAAGUUGCUGUAGGGAGGAGACCUGCCCUUACAGUAUAUGGCAGUGACUAUUCAACAAAGGACGGGACUGGGGUACGGGAUUACAUUCAUGUUGUUGACCUAGCAGAUGGACAUCUUGCAGCUCUGAAGAAACUCUUUGAAGAUCCUAAAAUAGGCUGUGAAGUUUACAAUCUAGGUACUGGAAAAGGAACUUCUGUUUUGGAAAUGGUGGCAGCUUUUGAGAAGGCAUCUGGGAAGAAAAUUCCGCUGAUAAUGUCUGGUAGACGACCUGGUGAUGCUGAAAUUGUUUAUGCGUCUACUUCCAAAGCAGAAAAGGAGCUUAACUGGAAGGCAAAGUAUGGAAUUGAUGAAAUGUGUCGGGAUCAAUGGAACUGGGCCAGCAAGAAUCCUCGGGGAUACGGAUCACCCGAUGACGCUAAUUGAAUGAGCAGCAUCUUCUGAUUCCUUAUUUUCUGAUGUGCAGAGUAUAUACAUGUUGAUCAAUGUAUGUAUUGAAUUGGAACUUAGUCUACCUGAUCUUGGUUUUUAACAGCUGAUGUCAUUUACCAUACCCUUAACUAACCAAUUAUAAUAAGACUUUGGUGUAAAUGAAAAUUUUCAGUGGCUUCUAUA